UUUACGUUUUUAUUAAAGAGUUUUCAUCCAAGUUAAAAUCUCAUAAAAAUGCAAUUUAACGCAAUCCGACUAGGAAGUAGGAUAUUCCAUCGUAUUCGUAGUACUUUAGAGUGUAUUUCUACACGCAGAUCUGUGGAUGUCAGAUGGGGAUUCCCGCGAAAAUCUCACUUUGUUCCUGCCCUUCAAUUCCCCACAGCUGGCUACAGAGGACAUAUCCUUUUGGGGAGUUUCUACUUCUGGAACAUCUUCAAGACACGCGAAGAGCGCGAGGAGACCCCAGAGGACAAGCUCAUAAUGACUAUUAAGCGAUCAAUUCUGUGUGUUCAGCGUGGGGAGCACAAUAAGGCAGAACAGAUGCUUCACGUUGCUCUCCGGAUGGCUCAGGAGUUGCAGAGCAAAGAUGGAAUUACCUACAUUUACGACGUGAUGGCUAAUUUGGCAUUGGAACGCGGAGACUUCGAGAAGGCUGAGAAGCUCUUUGUGAAUGUUAUGCAACGUCUCUUUGGCGAUGGUUUCCAGGAGAAUCACAUAAAAAUGCUCCAUAUUAGCUCCAAAAUUGCCCAUAUGGCUGGUUUGCAGGGGAAUCUCGAGAAGGCACGACAGGGCUUCGAUUGGACACUACAGAAGCUCGAGGAGAAGCUUCGUGUCCCGAAUGUGGAGGAGGAUUUGCGGGAUCUCCGUGAAUUGUGGGGAAUGACGAAAAAUUGGUACGGACAGACAUUGCUGGAGCUUAAUAGGCUCACGGAGGCUAAGCAAUGCUUUCAGGCAGCAUGGGAGGUGUACAGUGAGCUACACGACAAGGUGACAGAGGAAUCACUAAUGCUACUCAAUAGCCUUGGUGUGGUCUGUAUGCGCCUCGGGGAGGUUUCCAUUGCUGAAGAACAUCUCCAGAAAGCCAUUGAAUUAUCCAAAGAAAUCCCAGAUUUUGUCGAAGCAAAUGUCUUUCGGGCAAAUCUCGGGCUUGUCUACCUUCAGCAGGGACUCCUGAAGAAAGCCACCGAGAUUUGCAGCCUCUCAUGGCGUCUCAGCAAGAAAGCCGAAAAUGAAACAUCCCUGGAGCAGGCAAACUACUGUCUUGAGCAAAUUCGCAGCCACCGCGAAGGGAAAACCAAAAACAAAUAAAAGAUUUUUCAUUAAAAAAGAAAAAAA